CCCAAAUUGGAUUUCAGGGUCAUUAUUUCAGCGGGCAAUGCUGUUUGCUCCCACUUUCGAUCCCAAGAUUGCCUUAGUCUAAGGCUUGUGUUAUUGCUGAUUGCUGUCUGCUUCUUUCCUUGGUAAAUCUCUGACUCGCGCUACUCUGCGUGCUUCUCUAGUACACAAGUACCUACUAGCUAGACGCGAACCGCCACAGUUAUGAAUGAUAGGUUGCCCGAUGUGUUUUCACAAGUUUUGAAGAAGUACUCUGAAGUUGCAGACUAUAAAGGAUCGUAUGCCGAUCCGAAAUUUAAGGAUCUCCUCGUGAUUGCGUGUCGAUUGUGUGAAAAUGCAAUGAACAUGGUAAAUGAACUUUGCUUGUUUAGCGAAAACGAAAGCCUAGACGAUCUAAGCUCUGCCGAAAUAAGGUGAUAAUGUCUUUCAUUGGAGACUAUUUGGUACAGAUACAUAUGUCUUCCUGCAUUACUUGGUUAUUUCAACUCUCAGAAAAACGAAGAUCGGCUAUCUUGUAUUCGUUUGGCUUUGGUAUGAUAUGUUUGUCCUGAUUCGCUUGAGUUAGUCUCUGUACAAGGACUUUUUCAAACUUUGCUCAGAUUAUGGCGUGUUGUUUCCAAGUGGAGUGUCUUUGGAAAAAAACAACCACAGUUCCGGCCAGUCCUCAAUGUCAGAUCUUGCACACGAUCGUGAAGUCAAAAUAAGACGUUAUAAAUCAAAGAAAGCGCUAGAAGAACGCUUGGAAAAGCUUGCAUCGUACGUGGACCAACCUCAUAUUGAUGAAGAAACCAAGCGUGAGUUCAAUUUAACUCUUGUUCAAAGAUGGCUUUGCGUCGCGCAAGAUGAUAUAAUCAGUCUACAAAACGAACUGGACAUUCUCGCGAAAGGCAGUCCCAUAAACGAGAAUAACAUAAAUGUGACCAGAUCAGAACCUUUGCGACCAUUUAUAAUAACUCGGUCGGCUGCACAAGCUGCAGUGUUCGGUGCUGGUUAUCCAAGCCUUCCGACAAUGACUAUUGAGGAGUUUUAUGACCAACAGGUUGCAGCUGGUUUAUUACCUCCUCCAAAAUCUAUUCUUCAAAGUGGAUCACGACCAAAUGUGGUGCGAAUUGAUCCAUCAGCAGAAGAACGUGAAGCUGAGGAAAAGAAAAAGGCUAACCAAGACGAAUUAGAGGAUGCCGAUGAUCCUGAUAUAUUGUCAAAAGCUCGAUCACUCGAUGAAUUCAAAGAUGAACAUCGUAGAGGUAGCGGGAACAGAAUGAAUAGAGCUUAAAGAUCUCUGCUUACUAUGUAUAGGUUAAACAUUUAUUCAAGUUGUGUAUAAAUGCUAAAUACAGAUACUGAGCUAAACUUCUUCGUUUUCUCUAGUUUAAUAUUGAGUGAUAAUGAUUAUUCUCUAUCCUAUUAAAUAAUAUACAUUGCUAUUAAGUUGGAAAAGGUUCGACAGUAAAAACGAAAUCACUUGCUGUCCAUUUGAGUUUUGUACAGACUUUCGAAUUGAGCUUCAACAGAUAGUCAUGAUUUGUAGGCAGAGACUAAGUGACAUGGCUCAAAAUCAGUCGCGACGGUUCAAAUGCAUUUCUUGUUUAUCUUAUUAUAAUUCUUUUUUAUGGUACUGCCCCUUAUUUUUCGUUCCGAAAUUUUAUCCAUUUCUCUUUAUUCAUAGUUUUCAUUACUGUAGCUAGUUUGUUUAAAAGUAUAAUCACUUGUAACGUCUCACUCAUCUGUAGCGGAAAUUUAUGAUGAGCUGGGAAUUUGGUUGGAAUAAUGAAUUUAGUCGAUCAGAUUUUUCAAAUAUAUCACCAAUUCAUGAACUCAGAAAGAAUAAGUUUUACUUAAGUAAAUAAAUUCGCUUCUUUAUUACUCUCUAUUUUUGAUUUUAUUGGAGUGUAGUGGGGAUCUAUGUUUAUUGACAAGUUGUUUUGCAACAGAUUCAGUGACUUCACAAAAAUGUUCGAGAAGCUAACCUUGCUUUGAUGAUCCAGACUUUUUUUAAAAUAAAGUUUGAUUGUUGAUUUGAAGUUCUGUAGAUUUGAUGGUAUGGUUUAAAAUCUGUCAUAGUCACGGAAAUACAUGUAUUCACCUUAUUGCUGUAAGUAGUGACUGUCGUGUUUUCUUUUUUGAUCUCAUUCAAAGUCGAUGUUUUUUUCGUUCGUUUAUAGGUAUCCAUAAGAAACACUAACGAAAACAAUGUCAAAGAAACCUAAAGUUCAAUUUAUUCAAAACGAAGAACCGUCAUUUAUAAAAGAAUUUAAACAACGUGCCGGUAUUCCGACAGCUGCAACUAUUGACUCGAAACGUACAGAAUUAAGUCUUGAUGAUAAUGAUGAAGAUGAUCGGCCAGAUGAGCAGCCACAAAUAGUUUUUGAUCCAUGUUCUGAUGUUCAUGAAUUAGAAGCAAGAGCAUUUAUUAAACAAUGGCAGUAUGAACAUAAACUUGGUCAUAUAGAAGAAACUAAUGUGAAAAAUGAAGAACCAGUCCCUUCCUAAUUUUAUUUUCUUUAUAAUUGUUAUUGUAGGCGUACCAAGUCGAAUAAUGUUUCGAUCUGCUGAAGAACGUUGUUCCGAUGGUAAAAUCCCAGUAAAGAGGACAGAUAGUGAGAUUCAUUCAAAUAAUCGACCACUACCACCUCAACAACAAAAACGGACUAUCCGAGAUCGUUCACCCAUUGAUUCUAAACGUAAAGACACGAAAUGUUCAUUGUUGUCAUUUGAUCUGGACGAAGAUGAAGGAUAGAUUAUUAAUUAUUGUUCUUCCCAAUAAUGUUUGACGCUCUUAUUAUUGUAACAUAUUUUUCGUUAUUCUUUGGUGUAUAUGUUGAGUAAUUAUAGCGAAAUAUAUUCACUACUCAAAUAUCUGAUGUAUGUUACUCAUUGACAUAAUAUUUCUUUCAUAAAUAUCUCACUGACAUAUUAGAAUUCAACAGUACAUCGCCGCAAAACUACCAACGCGAUAGGUGAAUAAACCACAGUAAAAGAGAUUUUACUUUAUUCAUUACUCAUCUUCAAACUAUAUUUAUUUGUGUAAGAUCAAGUUACUCCAGCCGGCUGCUAAAACCGAAUUACGUAGAAUGUUAUUCGAAUAGGUAGUUUCAUGGUUUGAAAUCAAGUGCUUUAAUUACUUAUUAAUGGAACCAGACGCAUGUGAAGGAAUAAAAUUAAACAUUAAGUAAGAUAAAUACUGAGAACAUGUAUUUAUUAAAAAGAAAGGAGCACACUAAUGUCAUAUUAAUUUCAGGUUUAUCCGCACAAUUAAUUCGAUUAGAAAUAUAUGCCUGACUUAUCAGAAAUCCAACUAACCGGAAUUUUCCAGGUCUAUAUUUCAUAAUCUAGAUAUUUUACAAGCAAGUUACAGUCAUUUUAGUCAGUUUGCAUUAAUAUUCUAAUCGAGUUUUACAGUACUGGCUUGAUUCUAGGCAUCUAAUUGAUUGAGUAGUCCAAUCACGUAUGUUGGUGUACAAGUCCAGACAACUACUAUCUGACUUAGUUACUUCAAUGGGAACUACGCGAAUCAAAUAUGCCAGAUCAAGGUAUGACUUGUCGAUGAUGCAGAUGAAUAUUAUCAUGAAAAUUAUGUUUUCAUUGAGACCAGUGUUAGACCACCAUUGAAAACCUAGGAGCACUGGACGGCCGUUUUGUAUUACAAUGGGACUCAAUAGUGCACAUCACAUUCCCUCACGCAGGACCUUUGGUCUCGCGUGCAAACGCUUGACCUUCAGACCACUGGGCUGGCAUUCAACAGUGUUAAUGUCUAACUUCAACCAAUCCACGAUAUUCCACAACCAUCUUGUGCUUAAUAACAAAAGACAUUUCAGUGUUAGUUUGUCCAUAGUAUCUUAAUUACCGAAGGUUGCUUACUCUCACCCUUUCUCUUUCUCCUGGUGAUCGACUGGAUCAUCAACAUCUGAAGGGAAGCACGGGAUACAGUGGACAUCCAGGAUGCAGUUGGACGAUCUAGACUUCGCAGAUGAUCUGGCUGUUCUAUUCCACACGCAACAACAAAUGCAGGAGAAGACGACCGGUGUAGCAGCAGCCUCAACAGAACUAGGUCUCAAUAUACACAAAGAGAAAAGCAGGAUUCUCCGAUACAACACAACAUGCACCAAUACAAUCACAAUUGACGGAG